UAUCACAAGCCUACUCAAAGAAUGAACCGUUCAAAAUUUCCAAAUACGUUUCCUGGAAAGGCCUGGUUUUCCCUGGGGAGGUGGCUGCAGCCUCUCCGGUCUCCCUCUCAAUUUCUUAGGCGUCGCUUUCGCUUCGUCCUUCCUUCCCCGGGGCUUUGUACACUGUACCAGCAGGGCGCAGGCCACUCUAAGGCCGUCCUCCUGGACAAGCCCAACUAGGGGGCGCUGUGGCCCUGGAACGUCUCCCCGGUGCGUCGCCGGGAAAGGGGCCGUUGCUAGGAGACAGGGAAGACUCGGCUUGGAGCAAGCGGCCCGCUCGCAGAGAGGGAGGCGGUGGGUCGAGGAGGAGAGGAGGAGGAGGACGAGGAGAGGAAGAAGAACGGGAGGGCCGGAAUAAAUAAUACACGAGCAGGCUCUUUUGGUGGAAAGUAUAAUAAACAUGCCGAAAAAGAAGGGAGCCAAACGGGCUGUAGUCACUGAAGAAGAACGGUUGCUUACGAUGCAACAAAAGCUGCUGGCUGAGGAGGAAAUGAAUAAGAAGAAGGAGGACAUGUUGAUCCAAUUUCUAAAGGACAAGUUGGCCAAGGAGGAACACAACAGCUCAGUGAAUCUGCAUAAGAUCAACUUGCAAUGGCGCACUGUUCUCCGCGAAGUCAAGGCCAGGGAACUACGUAAAGAUAUUGAGAUUCUCAGUCAGACAUUUGAACGUGUUGUGGAUUGCAAAGACAAUGUCAUUAAGUCCCUUGCUAAAGACCUAGCUGAAGCAGAAGCUCAGUACACACACGCCCUGCGUAGCCACUUACACAACAUAGAUCAACUGUUGAAACUCCAGAACUGCCGCCUGGGCUACUUAGAAGAGGAUUACCAGACAGAGCUGCGAGCAUUGCAGAAGGAAUUUGACACAGAGAGGAAGUUAAUCUUAGAACAUCAUGAGGAGGAGAGUCUCUAUCUCCAGGAUGUAUUGUUAGCGAUGGAGCAGAACUUUGCUGAAAAUGAAUAUGAAGCCAGACUUGACUUCCAAAGUACACGAGAUGAUGUCAAAAAUAAGAAUUUGGAGGACAAACAUUACCUUCGCAUGCAGUUGGAAGGGAAAGUAGAAGAGCUGUGGAAGCGCUUUCAACAGGCUUUACGUAACUACACAGAAGCAACAGAGGAUCGUAAAUUUGCUUUUGAAGGUCUCAAGCUGAGGGAUGAAAGGAGCACCAGGGAGAUAGAAAUGCAGAUGAAGAAAUUGCAGAAGAUUCAGGAUCUCAUUAUCAGUCUGAAGAACAAGAUUGCAAUCCACGCAAGGGAGAGCGAGGAACAAAACCGGCGUGUCCGUGAUGAGAAGGAAGUGGUUUUGAAACAGCUGCAGAAGCUCAAGAGCCAGAUGAACCGGGCAAGAGCUAAAGCCCGUAACAAUCUGGCUAAGCUGACGAAGGAAAGCAAUGCAACUCUCAAGGCCUUGGAACACGUGGUGGGAAAGGCAGAGAUAAUUCUGCGCUUGGCUGAAAUGUGCCGUAGGCUGGAGUCGGAGGAGGAGAAGGUGCUACCAUUUUACCAGAACUCCCUAAACUGGGAAGAACAGAAAGCAGUUGAUAAGUUGGCUUUGGAAAAACCAGUCGAACCACUUGCUCAGAUGAUGCUGGACUACGUGGGUCUGGAGCGCUUUUGGCAAAGAUACAACAAGGUGAGGUUGGAGCAGCUCUCACUAGAGCGGACUAAAGCUGUACUGAUGCAAGACAAUUUUAAGUUGAGGCAUCUCCUCAAGCAAUACUUGGAUGGCAUCUCAGUGAAUGAUGAAGUCCUGAGCCAGGUCAAUCCUCUGAUGAUAAUUAAUCAACCUACAACUGCCUCAGAUGGGUCUCAAGCAGCACCUGUCAGAGGGUCCCAAGCCAAGCGGCCCAUCUAUAAUAUUAUAGAGGCAGCCCACGAAGUUUCACAUAUCCUCUGAAUUGGCAUUUGGUGAAUCAAAGUGAUGCUUUUCUAUUGUGUUAACACAGAUGUUGGGCACAAAGAGUAGCCAGUCCAUUCUAGUUGCAGUCUAUGCUGGGACCUUUUUAGAAAAUUUUCCCCAAACUGCCAUUAAACGGUAACUGAUGUGUCUUGCGGCUUUUUCUUCCAUGGUCAAGCCAAUCCAGAGACCUGUACAAUGGAAGCUGAAGAUAUACCCCAUGCCCAUGUGUAAACUUUGAAACACAUCUGUCUCCUUUGCAGACUGGACAUUUAAUAAAGCUUUUUUUUCUUUACCAUACCCUCUUUAUCCUCUCAAAUCUGUUAUACACUAUGUUUAAAAUUCCCCUUUCAAGAACUUGAAAUACUCCAUGGAUGGAAACUCUUAAGCUACUAAAGAAAACCCAACAAGGACAUUAUUUUGACACCUUUGCAACCAGAACACACAGCUUGUGAGCCACUAAGAUGAUAUUUAUUCCAAAGUCUUUUGUCUAUCUUACAAACUUAUGCUUGAUUUAUAUCAAUAUAAUUGAUAUAGUUGUCUCAGUUACAAGGCAGUAGUAUUAAACUCUCACUACCUUUAUUACCCUUAUACGUUUUAUUUCUUGGGAGAUGGAAUGGCCAUUAGACCAGUGUAAGUUUGGACUAUCAUUGGGGUUAGGCUACUUGAUACAUUUAAGUCCAUUGGACAAAUUCCUAUCAUUCUCAGGCACUUAUUAAAUGUACCUGAGGAUUUGUACAGCAUUCUAUUUUAGCUAUCUUUAGUAUGAAUGUUUAAGUAAAAUCUAUACUAUAAAGGCAUAUGAUUAAUAGAUACCC